GUCAUUCACAUUCGGGAGUUUUAAAAUCCCAAUAUGGAUAAAAUUUUAAUAUUAUCUGUUAAAUUAUGAAACUUACUUGUUUACUAACACAAAUUCCGGUAAAAAUUUUUUAAUUAAUAAUAGUUUUAUAUAUCUUUGAGGAUUCAGUGGAAAUAUAACAGUGGAAAUAGAAACCUAACCUUUUGUCAUUGAUAAAAUUAAUAAUUUUCUCAAUAAUUAUGCCAAUAAACGUUAAUGUAAACCUUUAAUUGAUAAUGAAUAAAAUGUAACCCUAAUGAGGUUAAUUGUGUACGUGAGAAAGUACAUACUCCGUACAAUCCAACAAAAGCAAUGUCGGAGACUGAUUUUGUAUAUGUACAUCCUAACAAAUCUAAUCGAUAUAAUAGCGGAGAAAAAUAUGAGUUCAAACGUACACAAACGCGAAAUUUAUCCCAAUGCAAUUCAAUAGAACCAUUGGAAAGAAAUAAUUUUCGAAAAAAUCGAGAAAAUGAGAGAAAAUAUCUGGAAAAAGUGAAAGUAGAAAGACAGUUAGCUGCUAUCAAUGCGAAAAAAAAAUCUUGCGAUUCAGAAGAAGAAGAAGAAAGAAAUACUUUUCGAAAAAAUCUAGAAAAUGAGAGAAAAUAUCUGGAAAAAAUGAAAGUAGAAAGACAGUUAGCUGCUAUCAAUGCGAAAAAAAAACCUUGCGAUUCAGAAGAAGAAGAAGAAAGAAAUAAUUUUCGAAGAAAUCGAGAAAAUGAAAGAAAAUAUCUAGAAAAACUGAAAACAGAAAGACAGUUUGCUGCUAUCAAUUCGAAAAAAAAACCUUGCGAUUCAGAAGAAGAAGAAGAAAGAAAUACAUUUCGAAAGAAUCUAGAAAAUGAGAGAAAAUAUCUAGAAAAACUGAAAGAAAAACAGUUGGCUAUCAAAAAAAAACCUUGCGACGAAAUUGAAGAAGAAGAUGAAAGAGUUAGUACUUCAUGGUUCUAUCAAUGUUGUAGGAGAAGGAAAUUACCUGUGAAAAAAGCCCCUCGUAGAAGAAAGCCAACUUUCUGGCAACGCGUCAGAGGAAAAUUUAGAAAGAAAAGGGUAAAGAAAGCCACUUUCGAAGAUGAUGAUGAGAAAAUCAAACGGAAAAAGAAAAAAGAGAAGCCCGAAUAUGAAAUUGACAAGCCAGAUAAAAUCGAAGAUGUACCUCCUGAAACUAAGGAAAUAGAUUUCACGAAAAGCUGUUGUUAUUUAUGCGCGAAAAAUACGAUGGCAAUCGCGGCAGCACUUUCCAAAGGUGAAAAAUUUCACAUAUCUAUACAAGCAUCGACAAAAGAAAUAGCAACUUCGGACAAAAGCUGCAGUCCAACUAUAUAUGUCAGAACUGUACAAUCAUCCGUUAAGGUAAGAACGCGCGAUAUAGGGACUUCGUUCCCUGAGAAGAAAAAAGAUAAGAAAAUAAAAAAAGUAAAGCCAAAAUUUAAAAUUCCGAAGAGGCUCCAGGCUAUGAUCCCAAAAUUAAGAUUUCCCAUGUAUCCAAAAGUACAAACGGUUGCUUGUGAAACAGAUAAAUCGAUGAUACCACAAUGUAGGGCAAGACAAGGAAUCAACUGCGUAACGGAAGCCAAAGUAGCAAAUAUGCAAGCAAAACUGAAAGCUGAUAAACUUAACCAAAAUUGUACAAAUAAGAAUUUUGUAUAAAUUAUUUAACGCUAUAGUUUCUUUUAAUCGUUUUUGAUAUAUACAGUUCAGUACUUUGAUAUUCAGUUUAACAGAAUAUUUUAUGUGAAUAAUUUAUUGCAUCAGAGUUAUACGAUGUAAUAUGUCCAUUCAAUAUAAAUGAAAUAAAUUUAUAUGAAGUUAAUAAA